AUGAGCCGGGUGCGGGCGGCCGGGUUUGGCCAGGGCGACGGGCCCCCUACACCUUCUCGCUAUCGCCCUCCGCGGCCGCCUUUUCGCACACGCACAACCUCCGCCUCCGGGAGCAUGGGGCAAUCCCCCCCUGACCUUAAGACCACUUUCCGCCCACUCAGGCCGGUGGGAUUCCUGCGGUCUCCGCGGCCGACCCGCCAGCGGGUCCGUCUGCCUGCGGCACAGCGGGCACCUGGCUGUCCCGGGGCAGUGCCCAGCCCUCCUUUUCAUCCACAGACGGUCUCGAGGCUUCCCCGCAUUUAUUCGCGCACGCCGGCGGAAUCAGACCGCGCUGCCGAAGCCGGCGGGCAAGCGGCAGCAGUUUACCGGCGGGGGCAGCGGCAGACGCUCCCUCCGCCGGGGCGGGAACGCCGGCCGCACCCGGGGCCAGCGCUGCACCCCUCCUCCCCCCCACCCGAAAACCCAUCUGCCUCCUUCCCCCGCAGCGCCGUGACCGCGGGAGCGGCCUCGGCCGGCACUGCUUUUCGGACACCCAAGACUUCCAUUCCCCUUGGGAAAACAGCCCCCGAUCUGGCCAGCGGCCCUCGGUGUCCCGCGGCCGCCGGCGACACCUCAGAGCUGCCUCGCGGGCCGAAGCGGCCCCUGCACGCCCCGGGCGCGGCACAUGCGCGACCACGCAGCGCUGCCUCGCGGGCCCCGCGCGCCCCCUUGCGCCCUGCGCCCGCCGCUCCGCGCCGGGAGGGUCGGGCCGGGGGACAGCAGCCCUGCCCUCUGCCCUCCGCCCACCUCCCUUACCACUAG